AUGAUAUUUUAUGACUUUCGAGGUCAUUUAAGUCAACAAGAAAGUUAUGAUAGAUUGGCGUUUUACGAUGAAGCCUGGUCUCGUGCCACUGUUUACAACUGGUUUAAUGAGUUUAAACGUGGUCGCACUAAUUUCACCGAUGAUGUGCAUGAGGGACGGCCUUCUACGGCGACGACUGAAGAUAACAUCAGUGUUGUGCGACGUAUGAUAGAAACUGACAAAAGAGUGACCUAUCAGCAGAUCCGGGCAAGCUUAGGGAUUGGUAUGAGUCAAGUGCACAAAAUCUUCCAUGAACAUUUGGCGGUCAAGAAGCUUUGUGCCCCGUGGAUACCUCAUAAUUUGAACGAGGCUCAAAAACUCCGUCGUGUUGAUUGGUGCCGUGAAAUGCAUAAAAGAUUUAACGGAGGUGGCUCAAAUUCUGUGUUUGACAUAAUUACAGAAGACGAAAGCUGGAUUUACUGUUAUGAUCCCUAA